AUGGCGCUGUGCUCUGAGGCCUGUGUCUCUGGCUCAGGAGGAGAAUCCUCCGGGAGUGAGACGGGUUCUAGCUGUCUUCAGUUUGGGGUUCGUUCCUAUCUGCACCACUUCUAUGAGGAGUGCUCGUCCUCCAUGUGGGAGAGAGACCCGGAGGAUGGAGGAUUUGUCCAGAGCCGGAGAUCAACCCUGUGGUGGAACUCAGCUGUGUGGAAGGUGUCCAUGGCCCUGGGUCUCCUGAUCCUGACUGCAGGUAUUGCCAGCCUGUCAGUCGGCUACUCCACUCCCCAUAAAAUUGAGUCGUUCGGAGAGGGAGACUUGUUCUUCGUGGACACGCAAGCCGUGAGCUUCAACAGGGGGCUGCACCUCAGCACUGCGGCCGGGAUCGGGCUCUCCUGUCUCGGCUCGGCACUGGCAACAAUGGGGGUCAUUGUUUGGAUCCUGCCCAGGGCCAACUUCAAAGAGAGGCUGUUCCACAGACCAGGGGAAGGGGAACGGAGAGUAGAGCCAGGGUCAAAGUGGAGAUAUCCAGGGGAUGUGGUCACUAAGCCGCUAGGUAUAGAGGAGAGGAAGAUACCAGUCACAUUGUCGAAAGUGGAAAAUGUGCAGCCUACUUCUUAAAAACGAUCCCUGCUGAGCUACAUGGUGAACAGGCUUAUGUUUUUGUCCUGGGGCCUCAUUUACCUGGCCUAAUUGUUUUUUUAUCUGUUUUUGAAGGAAACAAGCGUUAUUUUAGCAUGCAAAUUGUUCAAAUGGAGGUUGUUUUCUGACCUGGAUCUUACAUAAAUUACAUAGACCCAUGGAAUCAGACAGUAGAGAGAAAAUAGAGAGCAGCUCUUGGAGAGCACAGCUGGGUAGUCACUACAUAACCAAUGUUCCAGUUCCAUCUAUUUCCACUCAGGUCAUAGACAAGGUUCUUAAAACACCUCUCAGGAUUUAAAAGCACAACUUGAUCUGAAUGAAAACUCCAAAUUAAAAUGCAUAAAUGAGGCCCCAAGACUCCACAGAAACUACAGACCUUGUGCAAACAUCUUGUACUGCAGGAUAGGGAUGUAGUUGUUGACCAUAGACUGUGUUUAUGCAGUGCACUAGUGUUUGUAUUUUAAAAAUACAGUAAGUAAUGUCCACCUCUACACUUAAAGAGACCAGAAUCUCAGUGACUGAUGGUAUAAAAUAAUGUGUUUUUACCUCCCACUUUGUUGUAUUUUUGCUCAAUAUUUUUAGCAAUUAUUUUUUUAAAUAGUAGUGGUACCAGAUUUCCAGGUAGUUAGACAUGGUGUUCAUAUUGCAUAAAUCAUGAGAAAACACAUGUUUCCAUUCACAUACACAGAUCACUGGACACUCAGUAAGGUGCUCACAUGCAGAAGAUGUUAAGCAUAGAGAUAAUCAUUAACUAACAUUAAUUCUGUAUCUACAUUUUCACAUAUCUCCAGUAAUGCUCAGCCUGCCGUGUUCAACACAUGUACAGUCACAUGCACUUGCACUCAUCUGCUCACCCUCACACCCACACACAUGCACAAAUUCGUGCUCCAUUGACAAUAUCACCUAUUUUCUCCCCACUGUAAUCUGGCUCCUUAAUUGCCUGCAAUCUGUGUCUCCAGGCAACAGUUGGGCUUCAAGUGCUCUAUUUUCAACUCCGAACAAAGACUCUUUUCUCAUUGGCCCAGCACUUCCCCUCGCUUUAUUUUCACACCAAUCAGAUUUUCUGUUUACAGUCAUACACAGUAGUAAUGAGUAAGUGGUGAAGCUCUGAGGUGAGGAAUUUGCACUGGCACCUUAGAGGCCACUUGUUUGAUCAGGUCCUCCAGUUUAGUUAAAUUAGUAAGUUUGAAUAAUACAGAGUACAAGUUGGAAAAAAAAAUGUAGAAGUAGAGUUAUUAUGAUGUCCUGAUUGUUUAACUGCACUGAUUCCACUGGAUGUUAUUAUUGAUGUUUCAUUGUUUUGUUGUGUUAUUGACUAUGAUAAAGAUAAUGGAAUGAAAUGAGGAUAAAGUGUCGCUAGAAUUACUAGA